GUGUACAGAACUUGCAUUACUGAGAAGAAGUCUCACAUUGAAAAGAUGAAACAAGAUAUCAAGAAUCUAGAAGAGGAAAUACAAGUAAAGCAGAUCGCUAUAAAGUGGAAUAAAGAAAAGGCAAAAAGCAUGAAGACGACCAACAACCUGCUCCUUCAGUAUGAACAGACACUGAAAGCAGAACUGGAGAGUAGACAAAAGAGCUACAACCAUGACCAGGAGGCCUACGAAGAGAGGAUUGCAAGCUACAUAGAGACACUGCAGUCACACAAAGAAGCCUAUUUCCAAAACCCUGCCGCUCAGAAGCUCCUCCUGCUGCAAGCCGAGAUUCAGGAAAUUGAGAGCAGAAUUAGAGACUGUGACGACCACAUGAUGAUGAAACAGAAGGAGCUGGAACAUCUUAAUGGUCCACCUGUGAUGUCUUAUCCCUUAGAGAAGCUGCCAGACAGUGUUUUAGACCAACCGCCAAUGGCAGAAGAACAACCUGAGCAGCAAAGGGAGGACUGCUCCAUUGACAUCUCAUCUAUUGAUCUCAACCAAACAGCUGGUAGCCCUGAACCUACCAAAGAAGCAACCACAGAGGAGAUGAAUGAGGAAAACAAAGUCCAGGAUUCCAUCAGCUACCUUACUGCCCCUGAGCAGACAAAUGAAGAGCAGAUUUCUCAUCAGCAGUCAGAUGAGUUAGAUCCAUCUGAAGAGUUGCACGCUGCGGCAGAAGAUCAAGAACUUUCACAAGAGGAACAGCUGCAGCUUCCCACUUCACCAGUUCUAGAGGCUGUCCCAACAGAUGACCUGCAGGGUGAAGCCUCCGAUGCCGAGGAACAUCAAGGAGUCUACGAUUUUCCUCACACUUCUAUGGAAGCCAACCUAGAACCUCUCUCUACAAAAGAAACAUCCGUUUCCUCAACUCCGUUUACAUUCAACUUCACUCCCACCAGCUCUCCUUGCCAAGGCAGAGCUGAUUCCAAAUCUCCAGCUUUUGUGCUCAAUUUGAACUCCAACGAUAGCACCCCAGCAUUUCCGGGAUUUGGAUUUGAUAUGGGCUCAUCCCAAGAGGAGGAGUCAUCUUUUGGGUUUUCUGGCUCUUUUUUCAACGAGAAGAAAGCAUCAGAAUCUAAACCAACAGGCAGUAACGAGUUCCUGUUUAACGCAGCGGAGCAAAGUGAAGACUUUCCGUUUGCUUUUACAUCAAAAAGUCCUCAGUCACCCAAGGAGAACUCCAAAAAAGAUUUUCCCUUCUCAUUCAACUUCUAAGAAAUAUACAAGAAAAACAUUCAAAUAUUUUAUUAGGUUUCUGUUUAUUUCCUUGUGUUGUUUAGUUGGCAGUGAUGUUAGUUCCUGAAUCAGAUGUUUAAUAUUAAGGUUUAAUUGGGUAAAUUACACAAGGUCUAUGUAAUAACAGAUACCUGGAUAGACACACCAUCAUUAUCAACUUUAAAAACACCAAAGGUUCAUUUGUCUUUAAAGAUUUCUCUUAAGGUACAGUAGGUGUGAAUUUUACAUCAUUUAUAGUGUAACAAAGUGUUUGUUGAUCAGUUAAGAAAUGGCUGUUGAUUUGAAUUAAUACUAGAUAUAUAUUGUUUCAG